AUGCCCCUCUUGGUGGUGCUUCUCAGUCUGAUUCAGUUCAGAUUGCCAAAUUUACCACCUGAAUCAGAUGUUGUUCCUUUACCUGAUACUCCUUCAAAGACUGUGGCCUCACAUACAUCUCCAAUUGUUGUUCCACCUGACGUGUCAUCUGUUGACCCAUCUAUUCAAGCUAAUGCACAACCUAAUGUCCCAUCCACUACUCUACCUAUACCUCAGCUUAUUGCACAGCCUGCCUCGCAUACAUCUCCAAUUGUUGUUCCACCUGAUGUGUCAUCUAUUAACCCAUCUGUUCAAACUAAUGCACAACCUGGUGUACCAUCCACUACUCUACCUAUACCUCAGCCUGUUGCACAGCCUCACCUUGCCCCAUCUCAAGGUCUUAGGAGAUCCACUAGAGUGUCACACACCCCAUCUUACUUACAAUCUUAUUACUGCAGUCAAGUCAGUGCUUCAUCUACACUUUCUACUCCAGUUCUUCCUAAGAAAGUCUCUUCUGUUGUGGAGCCUACUUCUUAUACCUAA